GAUAACAAAACAAAGUAAAACCAAGGGACCUCCUGAAAAAGGGCUGUUGGCCAAUCAGAAACUGGACGUGGACAGUCAAAUGUUGGACGUGGAAUCCCAUACAAAUUGGCUGAGGUUUGGACGUGGUGGAUUAAAAGCUGGAGUUUUUUUGAAUAUUUCUCAGCAGAGCAAGCAACGGAUUAAUGCCGCCAUUGUCUCCAAUGUGAAUGACAUUCAGUUUUUGAUCAACCACGUCCAAACCGAUGGAUUGCUGACCGAUCAGAAGCUGGACGUGGAACGUGGACGUGGGCAGUCAAAUGUUGGACGUGGAAUCCAUACAAAUUGGCUGAGGUUUGGACGUGGUGGUUUAAAAGCUGGAGUUUUCAUGAAUAUUUCUCACCAGAGCAAGCAACGGAUUAAUGCCGCCAAUGUCUCCAAUGUGAAUGCCAUUCAGUUUUUGAUCAACCACGUCCAAACCGAUGGAUUGCUGACCAAUCAGAAGCUGGACGUGGAACGUGGACGUGGGCAGUCAAAUGUUGGACGUGGAAUCCCAUACAAAUUGGCUGAGGUUUGGACGUGGUGGAUUAAAAGCUGGGCGUGGAGAAGUUUUUUUUUGUCGAACAUAAAAUAAAAUUAUUGCUUGCCUGAUUGUUGCUUGCCUGAUUCUUAU